AUGGUUACCAAAAUCAUAACCCAGCAUUUGCGACACCCAAAGAACACUCUAAUGGGCCGGGUGACACAGAGGCUAAUGGAACGGGAGAACCGGUUUCUGGAGCAGAACGCAGUGAGACUGUGUGAGAUACAAGCAGACAACACGGUUCUGGAGUGCCCCGUCCUGUUGAAGGUGGGCUUCGGGCCGGGGCUGGGUCUGCAGGAGGCGGUACAGUACCUGACCCAGCCCAGGGGGAAGCUGCUGGGUCUCGAUUACUCGGAGUACAUGCACAAAGUGGCCAGUGAGAGGCUGCGGGAUCACAUCGCCUCGGGGAAGGUGCGUCUCUUCCAGGGCAGGGUGGAGUCCAUCCCCCUGCCUGCCUGCUCCGUGGACAAGGUGUACCACUGCAACUGCCACCUGUACUGGCCUGACAUGAGAGCCGGGAGCGCGGAGCUGCUGCGAGUCAUGAGACCAGGAGCCCUGAUGGUGUCGACUCUAAACCUGGAUUACCUCCGAUGGGGUCUGUCUUUGGGGUUCCUGCAGGGGGCGAAUGUGGAGCCCGAGCCCUACCUGGAGGCUUUGCGGGCCGCGGGGUUCACCGAUGUCCGUCUGGAGGAGAAAUACCACGAGGGGAGGAAAUUCGAGGCCAUAUUCGCCACGGCUGAGAAACAGAGAGAGAGCAAUGUCUUGAAAUAA